UUAUCGAUAUAUUUCUAUCAACAGUUUGUUUACAAAAAGAAGGGUUGAAGUGGUUUAAACAUUUUGAACCAAUUCUAUUAUUUCACAACAAGUAAAUGAACCCGCCGAAAUGAGCCAAGCAAAGGAAGACGCAGGAGUUUUUUCGGUACGGCUUGUUAUUGCCGAUUUCUAUAUGGAAAAGCCAAUAUUUGGCUUCGAUCCAUGCUACUCGGAGUUUCGCGGCAAGGAAAUCAAAAGGGUACCAAUAAUUAGAAUUUUCGGUUCUAGCGCAGAUGGACGUAAAACGUGCAUGCAUGUCCAUGGCGUCUUCCCCUAUUUCUAUAUACCUUACGAGGAGAAGGAGUUUGAAUCAUUGAAUAAAGCCAUCUACCAGAUAACUAGUAAUGUAGAUAAAGCAAUUAACAUUUCAUUAGGUCAAGCGUGUUCCAGUGCUAUACAUGUAUUCAAAGUGCAGCUGGUCAAGGGCAUUCCAUUCUAUGGAUACCACCGCGUUGAACAUCAGUUACUUAAAAUCUACAUGUUUAAUCCACGUUUUGUACGGCGUGCAGCAAAUUUGUUACAAAGUGGCGCCGUCAUGAAUAAGAAUUUUCAUCCUUACGAGUCACAUGUGCCCUAUAUACUGCAGUUUAUGAUUGAUUACAAUUUAUAUGGCAUGAGUUUCAUUCAUAUACCAUACGAUAUUGUAAAAUUCCGACAAACCAGUGAUGAACACAAUUCCACAGAGUUAAACAUUCCUGGGGUGAAGGCAGCACAGUUUCUUGAUCCAACUGUGGCUAAAAAACAGUCUACUUGUGAAUUCGAAGUGGAUAUCGGUUCUAAUUUCAUAUUAAACCGCUUUCAACUCGCUAUGCGCAGUAAAAAUAGUAAAACACACUCGAACCCUGGCAUCGAAUCAAUUUGGAAUGAUGAACGUUUGCGUCGGCAGAAAAUGGCUGAAAGACCUGAUGUUGAAAAGGUGCCCGAUCUGGCAUUGCCGCCCACUCAAGAGCGUUGCAAUGUACAACCAACAGAAAGUGAUAUAUUCCAUCGUACCGUAUUGCAAAGCAAAUUAAUGGCAUUAGAAUUGUCUACAACGGCAAGUGGCAGUCAAGCGGAUCAAACCAUGAAUUUGACGUUACAGACAAGUAAUGCUAAUUUUACUUUAUUAAACUCUGGUGAAAAGGAUCAGAAUCACACCUUCAAUCUUCGUAAAAUAAUUGGCAAUGCCAUCUAUCCAGAAGAAUGUACACCCGACGAAAACUUGGUCGAUGCCUCCUUCAUUGAGAAUCACGUAUCACAAAAUGCCUUCCUGCUAAAUGGUUCAGUGUUACAAUCCACCGCCACACCGCCUAUUAGUAAAGUGCCUGAAACUCGUGGAGAUAGUAUAUUUUUAGACGACACUGUCAUUGAUGAAGAAUUAUUUGCACACAUAAAUGCAGAAAGGCCAAAACAAUCGAAUACGAGUCUGGGUGCUGAAGACUUGGAGUUGCUUGAUAUACUGCAGCAAUUGGAAGAGCAUGAGGAAGAUGAAAAUCAAAUAGAUUUAGACAGCACACUUGCACCAUUCACACAAACACACAAAACAUUUGAUCCUUCGCCAGAAGCGCUGGACAAGCAAGUGAUAGCUGCCGCUAUGAGUCAAGCAUUUUCCGAAUGCGACACCGAUUCCGACACCAGUGAAAAUGGAAAUAUUCAUGAUUACUCCAUAAUUUUAGAGGAUAUGGAUGAUUUGAUCUUAAAAUUUACACCCAGUCAGCCAACCGAAGAAAAUGCCGAACAAAUGGCAAAUCUGCCACAAAUGGAUGGUUCCGAUGAUUUAUUGCCCAAGACGCCAGUUAAAGGCGCGAGUAGUGCGAAAAUAGGCAACAAUGCAAAUGUAAUACCUUCACCACGUACGCCAAAGGCUAGCAGCAGACAAAAUCUAUCGCCGAAACGUUCACCAAGAACACCAAAGUCCAGCGCGAGCAAAAAAUAUGCACCAUUACCGUUAACAAUCACUUGUAAGCGACAAGAAAAAAGCCUCACAAAAGAAGUCGAAACAACGCCAGCGCGCAAUUCAGUUUUGCGAAAUUUAGAUCUUGGUUCCGGUGGCACUAAUAGCGCAAGAAUGACUUUAAGCAAAAAACUGGCUAUAGCCACUUUGCGGCGAAAAAGUAUGGACUGGAGUCCAAGCGCUAUUCGAGUAGACAUUGCAACAAACAAAGAGCUAGGAGAGGAGGGAAGCCCAAAACGUACACCAAUUCGCCGCUCUAGAAGAACUAUGGAUUUGGACAGAACACACAUUACCUGCGAGUUAACGCCACGUAAAAAAAGUGAGCGAAUUCUAAAAGUAUACAGCAUUGAAGAGGAGGAGGAAGUGUUAAAAGCAAAUGAACGAACUCGGAAGUCCACAUCUAAUGUGCCUCGAUUGGAUCUAGAGAAACCGUCUGUAGUAAAACAGCAGACCGCUUUAACAAAAGCAAGUGAAAAUGAAUGUGACAAACGGCUUGCCAAAGUUACACAAACAAAAAAACAAACGGAAGUGAUUUUGCAAAAACAACAAGAGAGUAUAAAUAAAGGUCCGGAAGCGAGUAAACAUCACAUACGAAAAUGUGUAGUGAGAAUUAAUAAAAAUUUAAUGCGAAAAAAUUUGAAUAGUUCGUGUACUAAUGCUCCUGUACUAACAAAUACUAUAACCAGUGAUAAUGAUAAACCAAUCCCAGAUAGUCCUCAACAGGAGCUAAGUCGGAGCACAAUUUAUACAACUCCUCCAGGUAACCAAAGCGGAGGCGACAAAGAAACGUGUCUAACAAAUAAUAUGAGUCCAGAGUUGAGAUACUCAAGUGAUAGCGAUGAAAUUGCUGCUUCGGACACGGAAGAUGCGCCCACCCCCAUUAGCGCUACGCGUCUGCGACGCAGCAUGCACCUGGUACAACAUAGAAGAAUGCAGAAAAACGAACCAUCCAUACACGAGCAGACUGCAGAAAGUGCCGAUAACAACACGAAAGCGAACAUUUCGCCAACAGCGGCAUUUCAAAUAGAUAAUGAAGACUGCGCGGAUGCAGAAGAUCCACAUAUACAGAGCUUCUAUGAUAUAUCAUUUACCGAAGAUCUUAGUGGAUCGCCAAAUGUUAAGGAGUUAUCAAGUCCGACUGCAGUGAGUAUACCAAGAGAUGUAACUUCUGCACCAAUAAUUAUAGAUGAGUCUGACAGUCCGUUGGAAUGCUGUCAACUGCCUGGAAAAGCACAAAACACAAACUCAAUGUCCUUCUCGAGUACAAUUAUUAAUAAUGCCACGCCUUUACUAACAGCGUCUGCUUCGAAUUCCGCUAAGCAAUUAGUGCAACUAACACCUCUCAAUCUGCCACCAACCUAUGAUGAGGUGUUGGCGAGUUGUGCAAAGCUUGACAUUCCGGAAUAUGAAUUUCAAAAACCCUUCUAUGGCAAUCCAGAUGACAUAACGCGGCUGAAGGAAGUCGGUCACAUCGCUUUGCAUAUUCCAGGCGACAGACUCAACGACUGCGACGAAUUCAAAAGUGUUCUUGGUGAUGAACUAAAGGGUCUCACUGAGUGGCGUCGUCAGCAAAUGUUAGCGCUUAACGGUCCUUCAGCACUCACAACACACUGCACUCAUCGAAAUACGCAACGAAUACGCGAAUACUUUGCCGAGCCGAAGCGUGUAACGAUCACACCGCAAAUGUGCCCGCCCACACGUCAUGAAGCUAAAUUAUGGUUAAAAGCACGCGAUUUGUUGGCCAAAGGUGGUGCUCAAAAUAAAGUAACGUUAGAUGAAAGUCCGAUAAAAGUGAGACGGCAAAAGACCACGAUGAUAUUAAACGAUGGUGGCGACGAUGGUGAUGACGAUGAUGGGGACGUGCUGAACCAUACAAAUUGCAUCACAUUAACACCACCAACACCGUUAAUAAAUACGCAAAGGUCCUCAGGUGGAGCAGAAACAGCUGAGGUGAUGAAGAAAAAUCUGAAUGUGAAAUCGCGUACAAACCGCGCAAAACUUUCUUUAAAUAAGAAGCUAAUGGCCUGUGCUAGCCCUGAUUUGAGUGUGCUCUCAGCAGAUGCCAGUUUACAGUUAACUCAAAACGCACAAGUCUUGAGUAGUGAAUCACUUGUGCCCUCAAACGACACCACCAUAUCCAAUGAAACAGUUUUGAAUGCACUGCAACGAAAUUCAUUUCUCAAAGAUUUGCAACAUGCAAACGCCGCGCCAUCACCGCAUGAGCUCAGUUUUGGCUUGAGUAGCGCUUCGCUGGACAACACUUUCGGUUUCAAAGUGAAUUUGGAGAAUUUGCAGCAGGCCAAAUCGGACGUGGAGUGCAAUUACCUAACAACAAUAGUUCUGGAGUUAUUCGUGCCGACGCGUGGUAAUUUGCUUCCCGAUCCAGUACACGAUGAGGUGCGUUGCCUCUUUUACGCCAUCGAACAUCGUUCGCCUGCAACGCAAACGAAAGGCGCCACACUCCUACCGCAGAAUGAUUGUGGCUGCAUCAUUGUAAAGGAUACCGAAGGCGAUAAUGCUGCACAGAACCAGCGUAUGUACGGCACAGGCGGCAAUAACGAGUUGUCAAUGCGUUUCGUCAACACCGAAAUUGAGGCAUUCGAAGCGCUUGUGGAGUUGAGUAUGCGUUGGGAUCCCGAUAUCUAUGGUGGUUAUGAAAUCGAGACGGCAUCCUGGGGUUAUGUUUUGGAACGUGGCAAGCAUCUGGGUUUUAAUAUAGCGCCACUGCUAUCGCGUGUGCCGACACAGAAAGUGCGUGAAUAUGUGGAUGAGGAUCGUGAGCAUUUCACCGAUUUGGAUAUUGAGUUGAAGCUCUGUGGUCGUAUUCUCUUGGAUGUGUGGCGUUUAAUGCGUUCGGAGAUUGCGCUCACCUCGUACACUUUCGAGAAUGUUAUGUAUCAUAUUUUACAUAAACGCUGUCCGUCGCAUAAUCAUCGUGCACUCACCGAAUGGUUUGAGGUGCCCUACACACGUUGGAUUGUCAUUGAGUACUAUGUGGAACGUGUACGCGGCACAUUGUCGCUUUUGGAUCAACUGGAUCUGAUUGGUCGCACUAGUGAAAUGGCAAAACUAAUUGGUAUACAAUUCUAUGAAGUUCUGUCACGUGGCUCACAAUUUCGUGUGGAAAGCAUGAUGUUGAGGAUAGCAAAACCGCGGAAUCUGGUUCCCCUCUCACCGAGUGUACAACAGCGGGCACACAUGCGUGCACCGGAGUACUUGCCGCUCAUAUUAGAGCCACAGUCACGCUUCUAUGCUGAUCCCGUUAUUGUAUUGGACUUUCAAAGUCUGUAUCCGAGCAUGAUUAUCGCCUACAACUACUGUUUCUCCACGUGCUUGGGGCGUGUGGAGCAUUUGGGACACUCCACACCUUUCGAAUUCGGCGCUUCACAGUUACGCGUCUCGCCGACGUUACUGCGUCGUUUGAUAGACGACGAUCUCAUCACCAUAUCCCCGUGUGGUGCUGUCUUUGUGAAGGCGUCAGUGCGUGAGGGUAUACUGCCGCGCAUGCUUAGUGAAAUUCUAAACACACGUCAAAUGGUUAAACAAUCGAUGAAAUUAGAUAAAUCCAAUUCGGCGCUCCAACGCAUACUCCACUCGCGUCAACUUGGUCUGAAACUGAUGGCGAAUGUGACAUAUGGCUAUACGGCGGCGAAUUUCAGUGGUCGCAUGCCCGCUGUGGAGGUUGGAGAUUCUGUUGUCGCCAAGGGUCGCGAGACGCUCGAACGCGCCAUCCGCAUGGUGGAGACAAAUGAAAAGUGGCGCGUACGUGUUGUUUACGGUGACACGGACUCGAUGUUUGUACAAGUGCCGGGUCGUAAUCGUGAGCAGGCUUUCAAAAUAGGCGAGGAAAUCGCAGAGGCCGUAACCAAAGACAAUCCACAACCGGUGAAAUUGAAGCUGGAGAAGGUGUAUCAACCCUGUAUACUGCAAACUAAGAAGCGUUAUGUUGGCUAUAUGUAUGAGACGGCGGAUCAAGCAGAACCAGUGUACGAGGCGAAAGGUAUAGAGACGGUACGGCGCGACGGUUGUCCGGCUGUUGCAAAGAUGCUGGAGAAAGUGUUGCGCAUUCUUUUCGAAACGACAGAUGUGAGCAAAAUUAAACACUACGUCUGUCGUCAAUUUAGUAAGCUGCUCGCAGGACGCGCCAAUUUGCAGGAUUUGAUAUUCGCGAAAGAGUUUCGUGGACUGAAUGGCUAUAAACCUACUGCAUGUGUGCCAGCGCUGGAGUUGACGCGGCGAUGGAUACAAACCGAUCCGCGUCGUAUACCACGUUGUGGUGAACGCGUACCCUUCAUCAUUGUCAAUGGACCACCCGGUGUACCGUUAAUACGACUCGUACGCAGUCCACAUGAAGUUCUAGCCGACGAAGGCUUGAAAAUCAAUGCGAUCUAUUAUAUCACAAAAGCAAUUAUACCACCGCUCAAUCGCUGCUUGCUACUCAUCGGCGCCGACGUGAAUGAGUGGUUCGCCAGUUUGCCACGUAAAUUGUUAAUCGUCCCACCCGUUUCCACAGCCAAUAAGCUCACUUGCAAAGUGGAACAGGCAACUCAUGCGAAGAAGAGCACAAUUUCACAAUAUUUCUCCGCCACAAAUUGCAUUGCCAAUUGUGGACGUCAGACUAAGCAAGGCAUCUGCGUGGCAUGUGAGCGGCAGCCACAACGCACCUUUGUUGUAUUACACCAGAAAAUUGCUAAAAUUGAGCGUGGCUACCAAUUGGUACAGCAGAUAUGCCAGUCGUGUUGUGGUCGUGUGGGUGAGAUCAAAUGCAGUUCGCUAGAUUGUCCAGUGCUCUAUGUGGCGGAGGUAAAACGUCGAGACUUGCAGCAAAUAGAGCAUAUACGUAAACUGUUGGUGGAAAGAUUUUGAGCUAAGAGCUUACACUUCAACAACAUGCUCAAAACCUUUUUUGAGUUACAACAACAACAAAAAAUAAUUAAUGGUUUAUAUUAUAUAAUUUUUUUAUCUCCCAGUAUGAAAAAUAUUAGAAAAUUUUUAUUGUAAUUAUUUAACUAAUUUAGCUAAAAUCCCGUUAAAACCACAAUGUAAUUAAGCGUAACGGUUUAGCAGUUUGAAAUGUCAAAUAUCGUAUUAUAUUAAUUUAAGUGGUGAAUCAAGUUAUUUGCCGUAUCACUUUUUUGAACCUGGGUUCGAUCAAUGUACUUCCGCUGAUCAAAUUACUUUCGCUGACUUUAGUAGCCACUUAAAAUGCCAUUUGGAACUUUAAUGUCUAAUUAUGCCUUGAAAAAGCUUUUCAAAUCAUCCGCCAGUCUUUUUAAAGCGGGUUAAAACUUGUAUGCCUUCACAUUUCUCAUAUAGAGCCGAGUCUUUGUCACAAAUUAGAUUAACAGCCCGAAAAAAUGUCUUCAAAAGUCGUAUAUAGUUUUAUAUAGAAGUAUAAGAAAUACAUGUAAAUCGAAAUUUUAAAAAUUUUAGGUUAGAAAAUUUAAAUCCAUUCAAUUUGGUUUGUAGGACUCACUUAUACUCCGUUAUCUCAGUCAUAUAUGUAGCAUAUCUUUAUUUAAAUCAUAUUUGGCUGUUUUAGAGCUGGUAAUGUGAUUUCUUAUUCUUCGCAGAAGUAUAUAUGAAAAUAAACUCUCAUAUCCGGUAAUGCUGCUGAGGGAAUAUUCGAAGCCUGGUUUAUAAAUGUUGAACCUUUAUGAACCUCUCUUUAAUUAUUUAUAAAGCUUCUUUAACGGCAUUUAUAACCAAAUUGCACUAUCACGAUAAGUAAUAUAGCGCCUCAUUAGUCAAAUUAAACAAUUUCAAAUUUAUAAUUUUAAAAUAUUUUAUUAACAUUUUUUCAUUUCAAUAUAUUUAAUUAAAGUGCUCAGAAUGUAUUGAGUCCAUGUAUGAGCAUAUGAGAAAACAUGCACUAAUUGUAUUGUAUUUAAUAAAAAUUGUACAACUUGUAUAUAUGUAUGUAUAUAGAAAUGUGUGUGUAUGUAUGCAAUGAGUAUGAGCAUGAUGAUUAUGUUAAAAUUGUUGCUGUUGUAGUUGCUUUUUACAAAUUUCCAAAUACAAAUUUUACCAAUAGUUGCUGUUGUAUGCCUAAAAUCUAAUUAACAAUUCAAUUUUUUUUACGCUAAAUAAAAUCAAUCGAGAAAACAGCUAGUUUUUUUCUUUACUAAUGUACAUAUAUCAAAACAAUUUUGUCACACCCUAUAUGAAAGUGUGGUUAAAAAUGGUAACAAUUUUUUUUUUCAUAUUUUACAAUUUCGCAAAUAUUCCAAUAGUGUUUACAAUAUUAUAUACACAUUUAAAAUGCCUAAUUAAUCUUUUGUUUUUGGUUUUUGUUCGUGUGGGGGUGGAGGUGUGUGUGUGUGUGUUUUAGCAACUACAAAUUUUACAAGCAUACAAAACUUACUUAAUGAUGUUUGACAAUUAAGGCAAAAAAGGAAAUUGUAGUAAAUAUGAUGUAACAUAUUUUUUUAACAAAUUAUA